GUUGGUUGGUUCUGGAGAAAGUGAAAGGCCAAAAAAAAUGGCAGGGAGAUUGAGCAACGCCGCGUCACGGAUCAUGGGCGGAAACGGCAUCGUUUCGCGCUCCGUCGCCUCCUCUCUUCGCCUCCGUUCUGGCAUGGGCCUCCCUGUGGGCAAACACAUCGUGCCCGACAAGCCCCUUCCUGUAAAUGACGAGCUAAUUUGGGACAAUGGAACUGCAUUUCCAGAACCUUGUAUAGAUCGAAUCGCUGAUACUGUCGGAAAGUAUGAGGCAUUGGCUUGGAUGUGCGGAGGUUUGAGCUUCUUUGCAUCGUUGGGAUUAUUAGCUUGUUGGAAUGACAAAGCCUCUAAGAUUCCAUUCACACCAAAAGUAUAUCCAUAUGACAACUUGCGGGUGGAGCUGGGUGGAGAACCAUAGGUAGAUCCUUUUGCGAGCAAUCGUACAGUUAUUGUGUUUCACAUGUGUCCUCGUUUGUUCAUUUGUGUACUUUUGGAACUCAGAAACUGUUAAAUAAUGGAUUGUGUUGGUUUCUUGCCCAACCGAACAUUUUGAACAAAUAGCCUAAUGUGGUUUGGUGCUGGACUCGUUGAAGAUCUUAUUAUAAGAAAGCAUUGCCUCCUUUCCUUUUUUCA